AUGGCCCCAUCUCCCCACCGCUUCUUCUUCCUCCUCCUCGUCGCCGCCAUUGCCGUGGCGGCGUCGCUCCCGGCCACCGCCGGGCAGAACAUGACCGACGCCGAGGCGCUCAUGCAGCUCAAGAAGUCCUUCACCAACUCCUCGUCGCUCUCGUCGUGGCUCAUCACCAGCAAGGACGGAAACAAUUCCCCCUGCGCGCCCGGCUCGCACGAGUGGCACGGCGUGGUGUGCACCCGCGGCAUGGUCACGGGCCUCCGCCUCAACGGCCUCCAGCUCGGCGGCACCAUCGACGUCGACGCGCUCGCCAGCUUCCCUGGCCUCAGGUCCGUCUCCUUCGCCAGGAACAACUUCUCCGGCCCGCUCCCCGCCUUCCACCAGCUCACCGCGCUCAAGUCCAUGUACCUCUCCGGCAACCAGUUCUCCGGCAGCAUCCCGGACGACUUCUUCUCCAACCUCAGUCACCUCAAGAAGCUCUGGCUCAACGGCAACCAGCUCUCUGGAACUAUCCCGGCGUCCAUCGUUCAGGCCACAUCCCUUCUCGAGCUCCACCUAGAUCGCAACGCCUUCACUGGGGAGCUCCCGGCCGUGCCACCGCCGGCGCUCAAGUCGUUCAACGUCUCGGGGAACGACCUCGACGGCGUCGUCCCGGAGGCGUUCCGGAAGUUCGACGCAGGCAGGUUCGGCAGCAACGAGUACCUCUGCUACGUGCCGACCCACGAAAAGCCGUGCAAGCGCGCGCAGACCGUAGCCAACUCCUCCAGGCGGGUCAUCAUGGUGUUCGCCACGCUGCUCGUCUCGGCCGUCGUGAUGACCAUCGCCCUGCGCGCGUGCAGCAGCGAGCCCAGCCGCGUCCGAAACUUCGAUUCUGCCCGAGGCGACAUGGAGGGGCUCGAGGAGAAGCCACCCGUGUACAUGGUCAAGCAGGCGUCGACCACGCAGAAGCGGAGCAGCUCGUGGCUCGGGAGGAGGGCAGGGUCGUCUCUCGGACUUGGACACCGGCGGGCCGCGUCUGCCGCAAAGGUGGACGAGCUCAGCAGCCGAUCCGCCGGGGAUCUCGUCAUCGUGAACGACUGUAAGGGCGUGUUCGGGCUGACCGACCUGAUGAAGGCGGCGGCCGAGGUGAUCGGGAGCGGCGGGCUCGGGUCGGCGUACAAGGCAGUGAUGGCCAACGGCGUGGCCGUGGUGGUGAAGCGGGCCCGCGACAUGAACCGGGCAACCAAGGACGCGUUCGAAGCCGAGAUGAAGCGGCUCGGCGCGAUGCGCCACGCCAACCUGCUGCCGCCGCUGGCUUACCACUACCGCAAGGACGAGAAGCUCCUCGUCUACGAGUACAUCCCCAAGGGAAGCUUGCUCUACGUCCUCCACGGCGACCGGGGCAUGGACUACGCGGCGCUGGACUGGCCGAUGAGGCUCAAGGUGGCCGUCGGCAUCGCGCGCGGCACGGCAUUCCUCCACACGGCGCUCGCCAGCCACGAGGUGCCCCACGGUAACCUCAAGUCAGCCAACGUCCUCCUCGCCCCGGACUUCGAACCGCUCCUCGUCGACUUCGGCUUCUCCGGCCUCAUCAACCACAUUCAGUCCCCGCACUCCAUGUUCGCGCACCGCGCCCCCGAGUGCGUCGCCGGCCACCUGGUGUGCGCCAAGGCCGACGUCUACUGCCUCGGCAUCGUCCUCCUCGAGCUCCUCACCGGCAAGUUCCCGGCGCAGUACCUCCACAACGCCAAGGGCGGCACGGACCUCGUCAUGUGGGCGACGUCGGCGAUGGACGACGGCUUCGAGCGGGACCUGUUCGACCCGGCCAUCGUGACGACGUGGAAGUUCGCGCUGCCGGACAUGACGCGGCUCAUGCAGGUCGCGGUGGACUGCGUCAAGAUGGACCUGGAAAAGCGGCCGGACAUGAAAGAGGCUGCGGCAAGGGUGGAGGAGGUGGCGGCGGCCGCGCUAGCCACGGUGAGGGAGAGGCAAGAGGAGGCCGACAGCGAGGGCAGCACGCGGUCGGGGGACGGGGCCAGCAGAAGCUCGCACGCCGCGUACGUGCGAGACGGAUCCAUACAGCGGAUCACAAACGUCGGCGAGCGGUCGUCGCGGCGAGGCAGCAAUGACUACUCGUACGGCAUCUCAUGAGACGGCGGCAGGGCAGCAAGUUGGCCAGAGUCAGAUUUUGUAAGUCAAUCGUUGGUCCUUUUUUUGGUUCAUUUGGUAUGUAUAUUUUCCUAGCAUCGUGUAUUGAACAUGUAGUUUCACCUUCACCAAUGUUCAAUUAGCAUAC